GUUACUGAGUUGCAGAAAAGAGAGGACACAUAAUCUGUCUGCUGCUGCUGCACUACAGCUCUUGGUCGGCUCAGGCGGUGUGUGUAAGCGUGAGUCUUGGUUUUGCCGUUCAUUCAGAGGACCUAGCUGGCUUGAUCAGACAGAUCAACAUGUGGACUGCAUGUCCACAAAAGAAGCAGGUGCGCCCUGCUCCGGGCUCUGACUGCUAAGCAUGCUCAGCAAGGCUCAGCCAACUACCAGUAACCUCAAACUGGUGAACUCUGAAGUUUCUGAGACCACUUCAGCUUCGGACACACUUGACGGUAUCAAUAUGGCCGACCUCGUCGAGAGCCUGGAUGCCAGAGAGUUGGACUUCGAAGAGGGAGAGGAACUCGACUAUGAUGGGAACUACUUGGGGGACUGCCGUAUACCGUUUUCAGCAGUGUAUGCAACCGUGGGCUUUAAGGAGGCAAGUGCACGGGUCUAUCUACCUACUGUGCCCAUUACUGCCAAGAUCCUAGAAGUGGAACGUUUUACCACUGCACAGGACCGCUUCAACACGUCACACCACAGGAGUGUCAACAAGUCUCUGCCAGCCGUGUUUAAGAUUGAGAUGAAACACGGAGAGUUUACCUGGCUGAUUAAGAGAAAGGAGAAACAUUUCCUGGAGCUGCACAGAGAGCUGAGAACAUACAAAACUCUCAUAAGGAUACCACUGCCAUCACGCAGCCACACUGUUAGGAGGAAGACGAUGAGGAAGGGCGAGGUGCAGGAGAUGCCAACCUUGCCCCGGGGGGCCGGAGACGAGCUGGUUCGAGAUGAGCAGGUCUCCAGCAGGAGAAGACAGUUAGAGGACUAUAUAAACACACUUCUGAAGAUGGCCAUGUAUCGGAAAUAUCACCAUACUAUGGAGUUCAUUGAUGUAAGCCAGCUGUCAUUCAUUCAUGACUUAGGGCCCAAAGGACUGGAAGGGAUGAUCCACAAGCGCUCCGGCGGACAUCGCAUCCCUGGACUGAACUGCUGCGGUCAGGGUCAGGCCUGCUAUCGCUGGUCCAAACGCUGGCUGGUGGUGAAGGACUCAUUCUUGCUGUACAUGAAACCAGACUCGGGGGCGAUCUCCUUCGUCCUGCUGGUGGACAAAGAGUUCAGCAUCAAGAUGGACUCCAAGGACACAGAAACCCAACAUGGAGUCCGCCUUGAUAGCCUUUCCAGGACGCUGGUGUUUAAAUGCAGCAGCUACAGACAUGCACGCUGGUGGGGUCAGAGCAUUGAGAGCUUUGUGAGGAGUCACGGGAAGGCUUUCCUCCGAGACCACCGCUUCGGAUCGUUUGCACAAGAACAGGAAAAUAUCCCUGCCAAAUGGUAUGUGAAUGGAAAGACGUACAUGGAGGAUGUGGCUGAUGCUUUGGAAGAGGCUAAAGAGGAAAUCUUUAUCACUGACUGGUGGUUGAGUCCAGAGAUUUUCCUGAAGAGACCUGUUGUAGAGGGGAACAGAUGGAGGCUGGACUGUAUCCUCAAACGCAAAGCACAACAGGGAGUACGGAUCUUUGUGAUGCUUUACAAGGAGGUGGAGCUCGCACUGGGCAUUAACUCAGGCUACAGCAAAAGGACGCUCAUGCACCUGCACCCCAACAUCAAGGUUAUGCGGCAUCCAGACCACGUGUCUUCCUCCGUGUACCUGUGGGCCCAUCAUGAGAAGAUUGUGGUCAUUGACCAAUCAGUGGCAUUUGUUGGCGGCAUCGACCUGGCAUAUGGUCGAUGGGAUGACAAAGAGCAUCGGCUAACAGAUGUGGGCAGUGUGACGCGCUCUGUGGCUCUUGAGCAGGCCGGCUCCACCAGUUCUCCCUCUUAUAAGGGAGUGUCUGCUGCUGAUGGCAUCUCUCAGAGCAAUGGGCGAACGACUCCGCAUCCAGAGUCUAUGGAAUUUACCAAACUGAAGGGUGUUGGCCGCAGCAGGAUGAUUCGCUUCAGCCUGUACAGACAUAUUCAGAAACACACUCUGCAGCACAUGGACAGUGUCAGCAGUGUGGAUAGCGCAGAUAGUGGUUCUGUCAAAAGUCUAAAGACCGGUGUUGGCGAGUUACAAGGAAACACCCGUUUUUGGCACGGAAAAGACUACUGCAACUUUGUCUACAAGGACUGGAUCCAGCUGGAGAAACCUUUUGAUGACUUUAUCGACAGGUACACCACUCCCAGAAUGCCUUGGCAUGAUAUCGCCUCAGUGGUACAUGGGAGAGGCGCCCGGGAUGUGGCGAGGCACUUCAUCCAGCGGUGGAACUUUACCAAAAUCAUGAAGCCGAAGUAUCGCUCUCUGUAUUAUCCCUUCCUGCUGCCGAAGUCUCACUCCACUGCCGAUGAGCUCAAAUACCAAGUCCCCGGCUGCGUUACUGCCAGAGUGCAGGUGCUGCGAUCAGCCUCAGACUGGUCAGCGGGCAUAAAAUAUCAUGAGGAUUCCAUCCAUAAUGCCUACAUCCAGGCCAUUGCUAAGAGCAAGCACUACAUCUACAUAGAGAAUCAGUUUUUCAUCAGCUGUGCGGACAACAGAACAGUCUUCAACAAGAUCGGAGAUGCUAUCAUUGAAAGGAUCAUUAGGGCACACAAGGAGGGUAAGAAGUACCGCGUGUACGUGGUCACUCCUCUGCUUCCUGGCUUCGAAGGCGACAUCACUACAGGUGGAGGGAAUGCGAUCCAGGCUGUGAUGCACUUCAACUACAGAACAAUGAUCCGAGGAGAAUAUUCCAUCAUCUCCCAGCUAAAAAAGGAGAUGGACGACCAGUGGAUGAACUACAUCUCCUUCGCUGGCCUGCGGACUCACACCGAGCUGGAGGGGCGCCUCGUCACGGAGCUCAUCUACGUCCACAGCAAGAUGCUCAUCGCUGACGACAACACAGUCAUCAUUGGUUCUGCAAACAUCAAUGACAGGAGCAUGCUGGGGAAACGUGACAGUGAAGUGGCAGUGGUUGUUGAGGACUCUGAAAAAGUGGCGUCAGUGAUGGAUGGGCAGGACUAUGAAGCUGGACCCUUUGCGCUUGAGCUACGCCUUGAAUGUUUCAGGACAAUCCUGGGAGGCCACACGGAUACAAGCAUCGACCUGUCCGACCCCAUCAGUGAUCGUUUCUACAAGGAGGUGUGGAUGACCACAGCUGGCCGGAAUGCUACCAUUUAUGAGAAGGUCUUCCGUUGCCUUCCCUCGUCCCUGGUGAGAAACAUGUCCGAGCUGGAGCAGUUCCAGUCUAAGCCAGCGUUGGCCCAGACUGACAAGGCCCGCGCUCAGGAGGAACUGCGCAAGAUCCGAGGCUUUCUGGUCCAAUUUCCCCUGGACUUCUUGUCUGAGCAGAACCUGAUGCCUUCUGUUGGAUCAAAGGAGGCCAUGGUUCCGACCGAGAUCUGGACAUAAGGGAAGACGACCAAUACAGGACCUGCAUGAUAGGACUUGUGAUCAUACAAUCCAGACAUGAGUGUCAGAUUUCCAGCCUUCUUUUGGCUUCAUUUAACAACCAGGCACAGACAAAUCUCUCAAAUCUGUGGAUACCUAAAAACACUAUAUUGUAUAAAGGGACUGCAAGUCAGAUGAACCUUGUGGAUGUACAGUAUGAAGAACAUAUGGACUCUAAUUAUAACAGAGUUGUUUCAAAUUGAGGAAAAUUGUUGGUUUCGCGAAACAUCUCUAAUUUCAGUUGUGAUUUUAAACUGUAGGGUCAAAGCAAAUAUUUCUAAGGGUCCAUCAUGAAGCCAGGAAAACAGUUUGGUGUUACUAACAAAUAUUCCACUCUCUGUCGAUCAUACCACAAAUACAUCGGGAAUGGUACUGCAUGUGAUUCACUAAGUUUGUGAGAUGUUAGUGCUAAACUUGCUGUUUUUUAUCCCAAAGCUGAGCAGCUAAGCCUGCAUCUGUGCAGCUUUUAACUUGAGUUUCUUAAGUUUAAUGGAAUAGAGUCUCAUCUUGAAUCCCUUUUUUUUGUUUGUUUUAAUGGAAAGUCCAAAAUAUUCUUGCUGUUCUCUCUCAACGAUGACGAGUGAUUUGCUUCCUAACAAAUCAUGUUAAAUAUGCGCAUCUGCCAGUGCUGCAUCUACAGAUUACAAAGCCGAUCAAAAAUAAGAGACUUCUUGGAGACCUUUGUUCCUCGUUGAAGACUUGUUGGGACAGGUUUGUAUCUAGAGUUACAUUUUGUGCAUCUAUAUCUUUUUUUUUUUAUUCAUAAAUGUAGAAUAAGAAGAUUGGAUGGAUCAGACAAUCAGGCUGUAUAUUUAAAUGAAUUAUUUUCCUUUUGCCCAGCAGGUGGUGCUAGCUUCCUAAAAUACAGCCUUCAUGCCAACAACUGAGAUGCAUUCUUAGGUCUCUUUGGUAUUUCCCCAGUCUUUGUGCAGUGAAGUUUAAAUCUGAUUAAAAUAAAUAUUGUAGGAAUUUCAGAAUUCCUAAAUUCCAAAAAGCAUUCAUGUAACAGGACAGAAACCAGCUUGUGCAGUUUGAUUUAUGACUCAUGUCAUGGAUGUGCGUGAAUGCAUGCAGGCUGUUUUGACCACUUUUUAAAUAUCUGUCACAGCAUCUCGCUUGAUCACGAUCUUCCUUUGAAUGUGAAACUAGAGCGCAGCUUCUUGAAGUUAGCUGCAGCUUAUUCCAAAUGUAGGACUGCAAGGAAUUAUUUGACUGAAGAUCUUCGAUGUGGAAGAGAAUUGAGAGACUGACUGAGCAGUCAGUAAAGAAAAAAAAAGAAAAUCCUAAAUGACACAUUUUCUUUUUGACUCCGCACCUUAAUACUGUUUUGUUACACCCAGCAUUUGUGUCAGUCAGUUUGGUUUGAAAGCAGCAGGGUGUGGGACAUUUUAUGGGAUCUUGUGAAUAAAGACUUCUCAAAUGGGACCAAGAGAUGUUAAUUUAAGAGAAUCUGCCUGGAAAGUGUAAUGUUUACCCUUGCUUUAUUUGUCAGUGCAUAACUAUGAUUUAGGAAGCAUUUAACACUUUAUUUUUAAUUAGUAUUGUGGUUAUAUUGAUGAUUGUUUAUUUGUAAUUGAAUUUCACUAUUGUGUAACUCCUUGCCUCUGUCUAUGUACAAUCUGAAGUUGUUCUAAUUUUCACCUUUCAAUUUUAAAUGGUGUAAUGUAGAUGGCUAACAAGAGCGAUGAUUUAUUGGACUCUUGCUUCUUUCAUUCCACAAAACGUGAGCAUUUUAAUGUCAUGAUCUUUGUACCCAACAGAGGCUUUUAUUGUGAAUAUGUUCACAAUAAAAAAUGUAAUUUAUA